ACAAAAUAAGAGGGACAUAAUUCAUUCUAAUUUUCAUAUCUUACCCUUUCUUUUUCUCAUAAAUCAUUUUUGGUUACAUACGUGAUGUCGAAUUCAGACAGAAGAAGUAACCAUAUCGCGAUUAUACUAGUCAUAACAAUCCUUCAAUUUCUACUCCUAAAUAUUGUUAAAGCCAAUGACUACAACACAUUUCAAGAAUUGCCAUCAACACAAGAUGAAACAAACAAUUUCAGGCCAAGUAUAGCUGUUGUUAUUGGUAUUCUCUCCAUCAUGUUUUCCCUAACAUUCCUUCUACUUCUCUACGCCAAAUUCUGUCGUAGAUCGCCUCUAGCUCUCCACAACGCGAUGCAAAUUGAUCAAGAUGGACUAACAACGCUCCCAAUGGCACGAGUUUCCUCAGGUAUAGAUAAAACUAUCAUAGAAUCACUCCCUUUUUUCAGAUUCUCUUUGCUUAAAGGCUCAAGACAAGGCUUAGAAUGCGCUGUUUGUUUAUCAAGAUUCGAAGAUGUUGAAGUCCUUCGAUUACUACCAAAAUGCAAACAUGCAUUUCACACAAAAUGUAUUGAUCAAUGGCUUGAAAAACAUUCAAGUUGUCCUCUAUGCAGACAUAAAGUCUGCAUUGAGGACAACUCAUUGUUAACAUAUUCAAAUAGUUUUCGAUUUUUAAGAAAUGAUUCCAAUUUGGAACUUUAUGUACAAAGAGAAGAAAAUUGUGGCAGCAUGAGUUUCAAGAAAAACGAAGAUAGUUUUUUCGAUAAAACAGAGGAAAAACAGAACAUAAUUGAUGAUGAUCAUCAUGAUAUGUUGCACAAGUUCAAUCAUAAGAUUGUUGUGUCUGAUGUUGUGUUGAAACAUCGAUGGAGUAACGUUAGUUCUUCGGAUUUCAUGUUCUUGAAUACUGAAAUGAUCAAUGACAUGACGAACAAUAGAUUCAACUCAUCAUUAGAAUCAAGAAAUUACAACAAUAAUAUUGUAAGUACAUCAAAUGUGUUGAGACAAAAUGAGAAGAGAAGUAUGUCUGAGAUUUUGAUAUGUCCAAGAUUUGAUGAUUUCAAUACUAGGAAUUGUAAUAGAGACAAUUCUAUUACUUGUGUUGAGGAAAAAAGGAUGAAACUUUGGCUUCCAAUUGCAAGAAGAACAGUUCAAUGGUUUGAAAAUAGGGAAAAAAGGUAUGCAAGACAAUCAUUCAAUGUAUAGUUUCUUGUCUUCCAUAGGUAUUUUUCUUAUCUGAUGUUCGGUAUCUGCUUUUGCGACUUGACUAAUCUGAAUUUGCAAUGGGAAGUCUUGUUUUCGAGGUAAAGUGCAAAGACGACAUUUUACUUCGAUCAAGUCCGAGAUUUUUAACUAAGGAUGGAUGAGUACGUACCAUCUGAUUCGUGAUGGUAAAAGGCUUUUACUUACUUUCAUUUGGUGGGAUGAGAUUUGUCUUACAUAUGUAAUGUUAAAUCUAAUUAAAAAAGAAGUAAACACUUUUGAGUUUUUUUUUUCUUGCCUUCCUGAGAUAGCGGUAAAAUAUGUACGUACAGUCUAUCAUAUACAGAUUUUAUCUGAAAAAUUAUACUGAAUAUGUUGUUAUG